GGUCGUCAGCUUUGGUGUCUGUGUUGGCCAGUUCUGAAAUCUCCUUGAAGGAGCCCUACAUUGAGGAAGAUCAAAGCAGCAGUCUUUGCCAACUGGGGAAUGGACCGUUUGAGUUCCUUUAGCAAUGACCCCUCUGAUAAGCCACCUUGCCGAGGCUGCUCCUCCUACCUCAUGGAGCCUCAUAUCAAGUGUGCUGAAUGUGGGCCACCUCCUUUUUUCCUGUGCUUACAGUGUUUCACUCGAGGAUUUGAGUACAAGAAACAUCAACGUGAUCAUACUUACGAAAUAAUACCUGUUCUUGACCCCAGCUGGACUGCUCAAGAAGAAAUGGCCCUUUUAGAAGCUGUGAUGGACUGUGGCUUUGGAAAUUGGCAGGAAGUAGCCAAUCAAAUGUGCACCAAGACCAAGGAGGAGUGUGAGAAGCACUACAUGAAGCAUUUCAUCAAUAACCCUCUAUUUGCAUCUACCCUGCUAAACCUGAAGCAAGCAGAGGAGGCAAAAACUGCUGACACAGCCAUUCCAUUUCACUCUACAGAUGACCCUCCCCGACCUACCUUUGACUCCUUGCUUUCUCGGGACAUGGCAGGAUACAUGCCAGCUCGAGCAGAUUUCAUUGAGGAGUUUGACAAGUAUGCAGAAUGGGACUUGAGAGACAUUGAUUUUGUUGAAGAUGACUCGGACAUUUUACACGAAUUUAUAAGAGACCAUGGAUUAAUCAACCUUAGAAAGUUUCAGUUAAUGGAACGGCGGUAUCCCAAGGAAGUCCAAGACCUUUAUGAAACAAUGAGGCGAUUUGCAAGGAUAGUGGGGCCGGUGGAACAUGACAAGUUCAUUGAAAGCCAUGCAUUGGAAUUCGAACCCGGAAGGGAAAUCAAGAGGCUCCAGGAAUACAGGACAGCAGGCAUUACCAACUUUUGUAGUGCCAGAACCUAUGAUCACCUCAAGAAGACUCGAGAAGAGGAACGCCUCAAACGCACUAUGCUCUCGGAGGUUCUCCAGUACCUCCAGGACGGUAGCGCCUGCCAGCAGGGGCUCCGCCGGCGGGCUGCCAUUGAUUCUGGCCUGAGUUCUUCCGUACCAGUGGCUUCGAAUUCAGGUACACGAAGUGCACCGCCCUUGAACCUCACUGGCCUCCCUGGCACAGAGAAGUUGAAUGAAAAAGAAAAGGAGCUCUGUCAGGUGGUGAGAUUGGCCCCAGGAGCCUAUUUAGAAUACAAAUCUGCUCUACUGAACGAAUGUAACAAGCAAGGAGGCUUGAGACUGGCACAGGCAAGAGCACUCAUCAAGAUAGACGUGAACAAAACCCGGAAAAUCUAUGAUUUCCUCAUCCGAGAAGGAUACAUCACUAAAGCCUGAGGCUCUCCGGGCCUGGUGGGCCAAAGGACAGUACGGGCAUUCUGGAGUUUUGUUUUUGAGCUGAAUUCUCCUUGUAAAAAGAGGGGAAGAACCAAGGAAACCUUAAGUUGUAUUAAUGUCUACUUUCUUCUCCCCCCUGCUUUAAAAUACUGCUGUUGUUGGUAUUCUGCU